ACAGAACCUUCUGGAUAUUUAACUGAUGGUCCAAUUAACUAUAAGUAUAAAACUAAAUGUACAUGGUUAAUUGAAGGCUAUCCAAAUGCAGUAUUAAGAUUAAGAUUCAAUCAUUUUGCUACAGAAUGUAGCUGGGAUCAUAUGUAUGUUUAUGAUGGAGAUUCAAUAUAUGCACCUUUAAUAGCGGUACUUAGUGGUUUGAUAGUCCCUGAAGUAAGGGGAAAUGAAACUGUGCCUGAAGUUGUUACAACAUCUGGCUAUGCACUGUUACAUUUUUUUAGUGAUGCUGCAUAUAAUCUAACUGGUUUCAACGUUUUUUAUUCAAUCAAUUCUUGUCCUAACAAUUGCUCUGGUCAUGGGAAGUGUACGACUAGUGUGUCUGUUCCAAGUCAGGUAUACUGUGAAUGUGAUAAAUACUGGAAGGGUGAAGCUUGUGAUAUUCCUUACUGUAAAGCCAAUUGCGGCAGUCCAGAUCACGGUUACUGUGACCUAACGGGAGAAAAGCUGUGUGUCUGCAAUGAUAGUUGGCAAGGUCCUGAUUGUUCUUUGAAUGUUCCUUCUACUGAGUCUUACUGGAUUCUGCCAAAUGUUAAACCCUUCAGUCCUUCUGUAGGUCGGGCAUCACAUAAAGCAGUUUUACAUGGGAAAUUUAUGUGGGUGAUUGGUGGAUAUACUUUUAACUACAGCUCUUUUCAAAUGGUCUUGAAUUACAAUUUAGAAAGCAGUAUCUGGAAUGUAGGGACUCCGUCAAGGGGACCUCUCCGGAGAUAUGGACACUCUCUUGCUUUAUAUCAGGAAAACAUCUUUAUGUAUGGAGGCAGAAUUGAAACAAAUGAUGGCAAUGUCACAGAUGAAUUGUGGGUUUUUAACAUACAAAGUCAGUCAUGGAGUACAAAGACUCCUACUGUUCUUGGACAUGGUCAGCAGUAUGCUGUGGAGGGGCAUUCAGCACAUAUUAUGGAGUUGGAUAGUAGAGAUGUUGUCAUGAUCAUAAUAUUUGGAUAUUCUGCAAUAUAUGGUUAUACAAGCAGCAUACAGGAGUACCACAUCUCAUCAAACACUUGGCUUGUUCCAGAAACUAAAGGAGCUAUUGUACAAGGUGGAUAUGGCCAUACCAGUGUGUAUGAUGAAAUAACAAAGUCCAUUUACGUUCAUGGAGGUUAUAAAGCAUUACCAGGCAAUAAAUAUGGAUUGGUAGAUGAUCUUUAUAAGUAUGAAGUUAACACUAAGACUUGGACUAUUUUGAAAGAGAGUGGGUUUGCCAGAUACCUUCAUUCAGCUGUUCUUAUCAAUGGAGCUAUGCUUAUUUUUGGAGGAAAUACCCAUAAUGACACUUCCUUGAGUAACGGUGCAAAAUGUUUUUCUGCCGAUUUCCUGGCAUAUGACAUAGCUUGUGAUGAAUGGAAAAUACUGCCGAAACCAAAUCUUCAUAGAGAUGUCAACAGAUUUGGACACUCUGCAGUAGUCAUUAAUGGGUCCAUGUAUAUAUUUGGGGGAUUUUCUAGUGUACUCCUUAAUGAUAUCCUUGUAUACAAGCCUCCAAAUUGCAAGGCUUUCAGAGAUGAAGAACUUUGUAAAAAUGCUGGUCCAGGGAUAAAAUGUGUUUGGAAUAAAAAUCACUGUGAAUCUUGGGAAUCUGGGAAUACUAAUAAUAUCCUUAGAGCAAAGUGCCCUCCUAAAACAGCUGCUUCUGAUGACAGAUGUUACAGAUACGCAGAUUGUGCCAGCUGUACUGCCAAUACAAAUGGGUGCCAAUGGUGUGAUGACAAGAAAUGCAUUUCAGCACACAGUAACUGCAGUAUGUCUGUCAAAAACUACACCAAAUGUCAUGUGAGAAAUGAGCAGAUUUGUAAUAAACUCACCAGCUGUAAAAGCUGUUCACUAAAUUUGAAUUGCCAGUGGGAUCAGCGACAACAAGAAUGCCAGGCUUUACCAGCGCAUCUUUGUGGAGAAGGAUGGAGUCAUAUUGGGGAUGCUUGUCUUAGAAUCAAUGCCAGUAGAGAAAGCUAUGACAAUGCAAAACUUUAUUGCUAUAAUCUCAGUGGAAAUCUUGCUUCGUUAACAACCUCAAAAGAAGUAGAAUUUGUUCUGGAUGAAAUACAGAAGUAUACACAACAGAAAGUAUCACCUUGGGUAGGCUUGCGCAAGAUCAAUAUAUCCUACUGGGGAUGGGAAGACAUGUCUCCUUUUACAAACACAACACUACAGUGGCUUCCUGGUGAACCAAAUGAUUCUGGGUUCUGUGCAUAUCUAGAAAGGGCUGCAGUGUCAGGCUUAAAAGCUAAUCCUUGCACAUCUAUGGCAGAUGGCCUAGUCUGUGAAAAACCUGUGGUUAGUCCAAAUCAAAAUGCAAGGCCAUGCAAAAAGCCGUGUUCUCUAAGGACAUCAUGUUCCAACUGUACAAGCAACGGCAUGGAGUGCAUGUGGUGCAGCAGUACAAAGCGAUGUGUUGACUCUAAUGCUUAUAUAAUCUCCUUUCCAUAUGGACAGUGUCUAGAGUGGCAAACUGCCACCUGCUCUCCUCAAAAUUGUUCUGGGUUGAGAACCUGCGGACAGUGUUUGGAACAGCCUGGAUGUGGCUGGUGUAAUGAUCCUAGUAAUACAGGAAGAGGACACUGCAUUGAAGGAUCUUCACGGGGACCAAUGAGGCUUCUUGGAAUGCACAAUGAGAUGGUUCUUGACACCAAUCUUUGCCCCAAGGAAAAGAACUAUGAGUGGUCCUUUAUCCAAUGUCCAGCUUGCCAGUGUAAUGGACAUAGCACUUGCAUCAAUAAUAAUGUGUGUGAACAGUGUAAAAAUCUGACCACAGGAAAGCAGUGUCAAGACUGCAUGCCAGGUUAUUAUGGAGAUCCAACCAAUGGAGGACAGUGUACAGCUUGUACAUGCAGUGGCCAUGCAAAUAUUUGUCAUCUGCACACAGGAAAAUGUUUCUGCACAACUAAAGGAAUAAAAGGUGAUCAAUGUCAAUUAUGUGACUCUGAAAAUCGCUAUGUUGGUAAUCCACUUAGAGGAACAUGUUAUUACAGCCUUUUGAUUGACUAUCAGUUUACCUUCAGCUUAUUACAGGAAGAUGAUCGCCACCAUACUGCCAUAAACUUCAUUGCAAACCCAGAACAGUCAAACAAAAAUUUGGAUAUUUCGAUUAAUGCAUCCAACAACUUUAAUCUCAACAUUACAUGGUCGGUUGGCUCAACAGCUGGAACAAUAUCUGGGGAAGAGACUCUUAUAAUUUCCAAGACUAAUAUAAAGGAAUACAGAGAUAGUUUUUCCUAUGAAAAAUUUAACUUCAGAAGCAAUCCUAACAUUACAUUCUAUGUGUAUGUCAGCAACUUUUCCUGGCCUAUUAAAAUACAGAUUGCAUUCUCACAACACAACACAAUCAUGGAUCUUGUGCAGUUUUUUGUCACCUUCUUCAGGUAAUUUGCUUUU